AUGGAAAAUCUGUCCGAAUUAUUGGAAUACGGGGAUUCGAAGCAUUUCUCUGGUAUGCAUAAACUUAUGCCAAAGAGGAAUGGUAAGGAGCACGUUAGAGCAGACAAAGUCAGAAAGAUGAAAAAUAUUUUUAUAGAAAAUAAGCCAUUUCAAAUGACGAUGGUAGGGGCACCUGAUUAUGCUUUUGCAAGUCCUGAGAAUUGGAGAAGAUUCACUUCUGAAGCCCAGGCAGCCCUAGCCCUAGAUGUUAAAAAAAAGACGUAG